UCAGCAAUACAGACCAGAAAACAGUACAAUCGUCGCAAGCAAGACGUUGAGUUUUAGGUAUUUGGAUCAUGUUCAUCAGCGAAUGAUUUCUCUAAUAAAUAUGUCGGAACUUGGAUAAUUAUUUCAUUAGAUACAUCCAAAGUGCGCUAUUUAAUUUUGCAUUAUAUAGCUUCAAUAUUAUGCUGUUUAACUAUUUAAUUUUGUAUUCUUAAUGUAUCAGUAAUUCUGUAAUCAAAGCAAUCAUUCGUGUGAGUAAUAUAAAUGAGAAACUAAGUUAUCAAAUAUAUGAAAGAGAAUAAACGUUAUAAAUUACAGUUUAAACAUUAUAAUUGAAAUGCUAUAUGCACAUUGGCAUAACUUAUGUUUUAUGAGUGUGUCUCUCAACCUUCUGCUUUGAUCGUUAGUACGAAGAGUCUUUCGUCAUGGGAAAUAUACAUGUUAAAGAUCGAAGAAGAAAAUGUAGUAAUCACCAAAACAACAUAACGCUAUUUAGGCCAACUGAUCAGGAGCCAAUCUUAUCGGAUACAGAUGGACGUUUGCUAACAGAGGUGUGGAGUAGGUUAAAAGAUGAUAUACACAAAGUCGGUGUCAUUACGUUUGUAAGUUUGUUUGAGACGCACCCAGAGGUCCAUGAUGCAUUCAUGUCUUUCCGUGCAAUCAACACGUCCGAACUCGAGUACAACGCAAUCCUACGACAACAUGCGCUGCGCGUGAUGGGAACCGUGGAUAAGUGCAUUACUAGACUUGAUAACCGCGAGAAACUGCGAGAACUCAUGGCGGAGUUAGGAAUACGUCACAAAAACUACUCAGUAAAAAUAGAAUUUAUCGACCUUAUGGGCCCACAAUUUAUCAGCUCCAUAAAGCCUCAUCUGCAUCACAUUUGGACAGAGGAGCACGAACGAGCUUGGGAAAACCUUUUUCGCCUUAUGUGCUACCACAUGAAGAAAGGAAUGUGCAGUAUACAAGACUAAUCAGAAAAGUUGUAUAUAAUGUAAAUACGUUUGCUUUCCUCUUCGCAUUUAAAACAACGCUCAUAUAUUGGUUUAAUUUAAAGGUCAAUUCUAUUGGAAAGAAGUUUCAGUUCGUGAAAUUGCAAGACGAUAAUUUCGUCUUGUAUAUCUGUUUUACAUUAUGUAAAUGUAUGUUCAUCGUCAGUACACUGUUUUGGUGAACAAGCAACACGUGAACAUGAGAAAAACAUUAUCCCGUUGAAUUGCAUACAAAACUAUGUUUCAAAUGUGUGAGACUAUAACUGCAAACCCAACUCUUUUUUUUCACAAAUACAUACGAUGUAUUCACGAGCUCACCAAAGCAAUUAAUUCAUUGUACGAUUUGCCGUUUUUAAAAGUGUGUCUUUACAGCUUGGUUCUAUAGAUAACGAUUUAAUUUAAUGACUAAAAGUAUGCGUUUAAAUUGUUAUAAUGUGUUUGAAAUGAGGUGUGUAUGACAAUGUGCAGUGUGUAAUGCGAUAUUGUCUUAUAUUGUCAAUAUUAAAUUUGCAUAAGGUCCAAGCACACCGGAUGGCAUUGCAACAUUAUAUAAUGGCUACUUAAUCAUAUACAUUGGUAACUUAAUCAUAUACAUUGAUAACGUAAUCAUAUACACUGAUUACUUAAUAAUUUACAUUGGUUACUUAAUCAUAUACAUUGAUUACACAUUUUGUGAAAGGAGUUAUAUUAUUGUAUAAUUGGAACCAUACAUGACUCUUUAGAUACCCGAGUUUAUUUAAGUGAACAUGUAUGAUUAGGUUAAAGUCCUAGCUACGUACAAGAUUAAAGUGUUUGACUUAUAAAGUAAAAUACAUAUCAGGUUAUUAAGAUUGUGUCAGAUGUUUUUGUGUAAAAAAAUCAAGAGCAAUAAUUGCAGUGUUGCAAUACAAUAUAAAUGUCCCAUUAUGAAGGAUUAGUACACUCACUUCAUUUCUUCAACUGCUAGAAACCACAUGUUGGCUUAAUAUUUUGCGUUUUCCGAUAACAUAAGAUAAUUGCUAUAAAGACAUUCAAUUAUGUUUCCUUUAAGCAAAUAAAAGAAAGUGACUGUGAAACAGUACCAAACUACCGAGGCGGGAAAAGUAUAAGCUGUGAAAGCGGCCGGGUUAGCUC